UAUUUUGUAACCUUCAUCAUAAAUUAGGAGAUUAAUCAAAAAUUUGUAACCUCCAUCAUAAAUUUGGAAGUUUUAGAAAAUCAAAACCCCACCCCAUCAUUAUGGGUGGCCGACCAUCAUCAAAUUUUUUCUCAAAUCUCCAUCAUAAAUAAAAUCAUAAAUAUUUAAAAGUUUGAAAUAUAUUCAAUAAAAAGUUUGACUAGGAUUUAAAUAAAUUUUUUUAACAAAUCCAAGUUUAACGCCAUAUUCCCGUCAAAAUAAUCUUAAACGAGUGAAAUUACUAAAAUAAGUAAAUAUUUUAAUUACUUAAAAAAAUACUUAUAAAUUUGGGGUAUUACAUGUAACUUUCUACCUUAAAAUAGUCACUUCUAUAUAAGUGAUUCAUUUACAACAAAAAAUUUCUCCCAUUAUACAAGAAAUUAUUGUUCACCUUUCUAUUUGAAUUUUUGUGAUAUACGGUGAUCCAUUUAAUUGAGUGUUAAUCGAGUUUAGCAACUCAUGAGCAAUUCAAACUCGACUUGGUCAAUGCUCGAUUCGAAUUGGCUCGAAUUUAAAUCUAUACAUUCACGAGUAGAGUCGAGCUAGCCUAGACUCGAUUUGAUAAGCUUGUAAGCUACUCGAUAAAUUUUUAGUUAUUAUAUAUUACAAUAUUUUAAAUGUCAACUAUUUUUAGGAUAAAAUACUAAACUGAUUAUUUAUUGUUACUCAAAAUGAUUAUCGAGAUUAAGAACUUUACAUCAAAUACAUAAGGCAAUAGAUUAAUAAGGAAAUAGAGAAAACUUUUUUGCUUAUAAUUUGGAGGAACUAAUCACAUAUAUAUGCUCGCGAACAACUCAAACUCGACUUGAAACUUUAUUUAGCUGAGUUGAGCUAGAAAAGUUUAGCUUGAUAACAAUAGCUCGACACAGACUCAACUCGAUACCUUAACAAGUUGAAUCGAAAUUGGUAAAGUUCAACACUACAACUCGUGACCGACUCGCUCAAUUAAGGACCCGUUAUGUCCGUCCAAACGCCGUAUUAUUUUAAUUUUCUUCCUCAGCCCCCACAAUUUUUCUAUUGACAACCACCCCCAACAAUUUCAACAAAGAGGAAAAGCUAGAGAAAAAGAAGAAGGAAUUCGCGCUAACCCUCGAUUGCAAGGGAAUUUCCAUCUCUCUCUACAGUCUACAUUUCACCAUUUCGAUUUUCUACCUAAAAACUUAGACAAUCUAAAUCAACUCACACAAUUUCGUAUUAGAAGAGAGAGAAAAAGAGAUUGAAGAUCAUCUUUCUCCGACGAUUCUCUAAAAAUUCGAGCAUCCGCCACUGUUGGUAGCGUGUUUGUGGAAGACUGUGAAGAUCAAUGUCGCUCUCAAGGCUUCGGCAACCUUUGUUCUCCCGUGCUCCUUCUUUACUUAAAGUCCGCCUUCUCCCGUCUUCUAUACCAUCCACAUCAGCCUCAAGGCUUUUGUCAUGCAGAUACUAUGUUCCCAAAGCUUUGUCAACGGAUGAAAAUGGGAGCCUUCUGAGGAGUUCACCUGUGGUCACUGGUUUUUUGGGGAACUUAUCUAAAGUAAAGUUGCAGUUUGGGGUUCGGUACAUAUCAUCAGCAGACGAUCCUUCACAUACAGUCCUUGAAAUGCCUGCUCUGUCGCCUACUAUGAAUCAAGGAAACAUUGCAAAAUGGAGGAAGAAGGAAGGAGAUAAGAUAGCUGUUGGUGAUAUAUUAUGUGAUAUAGAGACCGACAAAGCUACCGUGGAGUUUGAAAGCCUUGAAGAAGGUUAUUUAGCAAAGAUUCUGGUACCUGAAGGUUCAAAAGAUAUACCUGUUGGACAAGCUAUUGCAGUAACGGUUGAGGAAGCUGAUGAUAUACCAAACAUCCCUGCUAUUGGUGGGUCAAAAGGUAAAGAAGAGAAUUCAACUCCACAAAAUGUUUCAUCUCAAGAUAAGGCGCUCGAAACUGGUGUUGCUAAGAUUGACGUUUCAGAGCUCCCUCCUCACAUUGUUCUUGAAAUGCCAGCACUAUCACCAACAAUGAACCAGGGAAAUAUUGCAAAAUGGAUAAAGAAAGAAGGGGAUAAGAUAGAAGUUGGUGAGGUGAUAUGUGAAAUAGAAACCGAUAAGGCUACUGUUGAAUAUGAAAGUCUUGAAGAGGGGUAUCUUGCGAAAAUAAUGGCACACGACGGAUCAAAAGAUAUCACUGUGGGUCAACCAAUUGCAAUUACUGUGGAAGCCUUAGAGGACAUUGAAAAAGUGAAGGGAUCAUACAGCUGUGGUCCUGUAGCGGAGGAAAAAAAGUCAACAGCUCUGCCGAAGAAAAUUGAACAGAAAGAGCAGAAAAGCAGCAUUAGCAGAAUUAGUCCAUCUGCAAAGCUGCUUAUUUUGGAGUUGGGUCUUGAUACAUCAUUGCUAAGCCCAUCAGGGCCUCGCGGUACUUUGCUGAAAGGAGACGUUUUGGCUGCAAUAAAGUCAGGGAAGGGAUCAUCGAGAACUGCUGCAACAAAGGAGCAGUCUCUAUCACCUCCAAUCAAAUCGCAAAGUAUACCUUUAAGUACACCACAGUCAGUCCUGUAUGAGGAUGUGUCAAAUAGCCAAAUUCGGAAGGUUAUUGCAAAACGUUUGUUGGAAUCAAAACAAAGUACACCUCAUCUUUACCUAUCUACAGAUGUUAUACUAGAUCCUCUGCUAUCAUUCAGAAAGGAGCUAAUAGAGAAGCACGGUGUCAAGGUUUCGGUGAAUGAUAUUGUCAUCAAAGCUGUUGCUGUUGCUCUGCGUAAUGUGCCAGAGGCGAAUGGCUUUUGGGAUGCUGAAGGUGGGAAAUGUAUCUUCAAUGAUUCUGUUGAUAUAUCAAUUGCAGUGGCUACAGAGAAGGGAUUGAUGACUCCUAUAGUUAGGAAUGCUGAUCAGAAGACUAUAUUGGGUAUAUCUUCAGAGGUUAAAGAAUUGGCUGAAAAAGCUAGGGUUGGGAAGCUGAAGCCUGAAGAGUUUCAAGGUGGAACGUUUAGCAUCUCAAAUCUAGGGAUGUUCCCAGUGGACCACUUCUGCGCAAUUAUCAACCCUCCACAGGCUGGAAUUAUUGCAGUUGGCAGAGGGAACAAGGUUGUUGAACCUGUGAUUGGAAUUAAUGGAAUUGAGGAACCUGCCGUUGUUACAAAAAUGAACUUAACAUUAUCUGCUGAUCAUCGUGUUUUUGAUGGCAAAGUUGGAGGCGAUUUUCUUAAAGCUUUACGAGCAAAUUUUGGUGAUUUGAGGAGAUUGUUAUUGUGAUGAGAGCUUGGAUAGAUGGCAGGUGCCGACUUUGCAAUUUUGGCUUUAUUUUUUUUAUAUAUAAAAAUAACAUUUUUCAUGAAGGUAAUAAGUCUUGCGAGUUGCGAGUGCUAACCCUAUUGAGAAAAAAUGUGUAAAAGAGAUCAUUGGUUUAACAAACUAGUUAGUGCAGUGGGAUGCAUUGGCAAUGGCUGUUGCUUGUUUUACAUAUGAUGAUUGAUGACUAACCAUUUUGAUAAGUUUGUACGGCGGUGUUGAUUCAUUGUGAAAUGAUGCUAGUGAAGAGCUGGAAACAAGUCAUUUUAUACUUGUUAUACAUUUCAUCAUUGUAAUUGGAACAUAUGGUUUUGCAAUAAAAGCCAAUGAUGUCAUUCUCUAUCUGAGAUGAUAAA